CUUUUGAGGGAGUCAAUGACCCUUAAUUGUCGAGUCAAGGACGAACGUCGUAAAUAAAAUUCACAAAUAGGGAAUCGGAAGAGCGGGCGGUAAGAACCAUCGAUCAAAAUGUUGGCGGCGUGAAUGUCGACGUUAUUGCCCGAAUAUUAAUUGCUAAUGAGCGGCGUUAAAACUAAUCGUUUGAAAUUCGAAAAGCGGCGCGUUUGCGCGGGCGAAUGGUGAGGAAGAACGCUCGCGGGGGGAGUCGAACCGGCGCGAGGGAAACCGAGCUACGGCAGCGCCGCCAGUCGGCAGCACUCGGCGACCCAUCGGAAAUAUGGCUGUAAAAUAACCAAAAUCUCUUUGUUAUAGUUAAAAUGUUUUUGUGUUAAAGUUGAACGGGACGAGGGAAAGCGGGCGCCUGGACGGGUAGCGAAGCAUGUGCAUGAGGGUCCCGCGCGGGUUCUGAGGGUGCGAUCGCAGUGGCGCGUGAAGUGUUAGCAACUCGCUCUAAUGGUUGGCCAUCAACCUCUGGGCUGUCGGAAAUGCGCUAGAGAUGUCUAGCGCCGCAGUGGCCAACUCCGUGAAGAUGCCGAUGUCCCGCACGCAGCUGUUCUCCGUGUCGUCGCACUCGUACCUGGCCGAGGGCGGCGCGCUGCCGCCGCUCAAGCCGGCCAAGGAGCAGAGCCCGCCCGCCGCCGCCGCCGGGGGGCUGCCCGAGCUGCAGGUGGUCGGCUCGUGCGCGCUGCAGUGCAUGCAGCCCGCGUUGCGCCCCGCCAAGGGCUCGCCCGGCCCGCCCGAGAAGCACAAGACGAUGGUGGCCACCCCCGACCAGGUGAUGAAGCUCUACAUGAACAAGCUCACGCCGUACGAGCACCACGAGAUAUUCAACUUCUCGCAGAUUUACUUCAUCGGGGCCAACGCGAAGAAGCGCCCCGGCAUCAUCGGCAACCCCAACAACUGCGAGUACGACAACGACCAGGGCUCCUACCUGCACAUUCCCCACGACCACGUCGCCUACCGGUACGAGGUGCUCAAGGUCAUCGGCAAGGGCUCGUUCGGCCAGGUGGUGAAGGCCUACGACCACAAGAACCACAUGCACGUGGCGCUGAAGAUGGUGCGCAACGAGAAACGCUUCCACAGACAGGCCCAGGAGGAGGUGCGCAUCCUGGAGCACCUGCGGAAGCAGGACAAGGACAACACAAUGAACAUCAUCCACAUGCUCGAUUCGUUCACGUUUCGGAACCACAUGUGCAUCACAUUCGAACUCUUGUCCAUCAAUCUUUACGAACUUAUCAAGAAAAACAAAUUUCAGGGCUUUAGUCUACAGUUAGUACGCAAAUUUAGUCACUCGCUACUACAAUGCCUCGAUGCUCUUAAUCGGAACAAAAUUAUUCACUGCGAUAUGAAGCCUGAAAACGUGCUCCUGAAGCAGCAGGGACGGAGCGGACUCAAGGUAAUAGAUUUUGGUUCCUCAUGCUACGAACAAAACCGCGUCUACACCUACAUCCAGUCUCGUUUCUACCGCGCCCCCGAAGUGAUCCUCGGCGCGAAGUACGGGAUGCCGAUCGACAUGUGGUCGCUCGGCUGCAUCCUCGCCGAGCUGCUAACGGGCUUCCCCCUCCUGCCCGGCGAGGACGAGGCCGACCAACUGGCGUGCAUAAUGGAGCUGCUAGGUAUGCCCCCCCAGAAACUCUUGGACCAAUCGAAGCGCGCGAAAAACUUCAUCAGCUCGAAGGGCAUCCCGCGGUACUGCACGUGCUCGACGAUGCCCGACGGCAAGGUGAUCCUGAGCGCGGGCAUCAGCCGGCGCGGCAAGCCGCGUGGCCCCCCGGGCUCGAAGGACCUGAAGCGGGCACUGAAGGGGUGCGACGACCCCCUCUUCCUGGACUUCAUCCAGAGGUGCCUGCAGUGGGACCCCGAGGUGCGGAUGACGCCGAGCGCGGCGCUGCGGCACGCGUGGCUGCGGCGACGGCUGCCCCGCCCUCCCAACGAGAAGGCGGAGCAGCCGUCGGGCGCGCGGUCCACGCCCACCGGCGUGCGCACGCCGAAGAGCAACACGCUCACGAGCAGCAACAAGGUCCGCGUGCAGCUCAGCGAGGAGCGCUCGGCAACGCUGCAUUCGGGCAAGCUACCGCCAGUCACGUAGCCAAGCCCACUAGAUUAGUUAGAAUCAUAUCGCGUUACGCGUUAUUGUGAUUGCAUAUGUCAGCGACGCUGCCAAUUCGGACUGUGAGACUGUGGAAUGUGUACAUUCCGCUGUGUCAAUUCCUCCAUCUCAUAAUCGUUACGUUCGUGUCAUGUUAUUUAUUUAUUGUCAACUACAUCAGUGCUCAUGCUCCAGUUAGACUUUCACGUGCAAUAUAUAUGAAAUGGUCGAACCUCUGAUACGACUUUCGAAGGGGCGGGGCUUCCUCGUCGCGGAUUUGCGGGAGGCGGGGCUUCGGUGAAAGGAAGCUCGUCAAGUACGAACAUCACUCAUAUUUAUUCGCCUUUUUAUUUAUUUAUUUUUUAUUUUAUUUCGACGUGUGAUUUUUUUUUUACUUAUUUAAUAGUCCUUAUUGACGAUUCAACUAUCUGACUGUUUUUGCUUUUUACACCGAAAAGUACAUAAACAAUAUCAAAGCUUCUUUAUUAUUUUUUUUUUUUUAUUAUUAUUAUUUUCUUUUGGUAAAUAACAAAAAGGUGUACAUAUUGAGAAUUAAAUUCUUCAACGUGUUUGUAAAUUUACGAUAGAAUCUGGUGUUGAGUAGAUUCACUUAUUUCUUAUUUCCGUAAGUGGGACGAGCAUUUGUAGAACAUAGAUGUGACGACUUUACAUUUGACUGCUUAAUUCUCGACUUUUUCCUCGUUGUUUAAUAGAUUAAUGUACUAGGCAAUAUUACUUGUACAGAUUGCAACCAUGAUCAAGACUGCGAAGAAAAAGUAACUGACGCCAACGUAGAGGAAAAUUUUGAAAAUUAACGUGGAUUUUUUGCGGGAUAACGAUAAAAAUUUGAAUUCCUUAUCUUUUCGGCUUUGUGCAAGAUAUGUAGUUUUCAAUUUUGACGUUUCGAUAAAUAUUGAAUAAAACGUGAGAUGGCGAUAGGGAAAUAAGUAAAUUGACUUUCGAAUUGUCGAUUAUAUUUCGAAUAUUUUCGUUGCAAUUUUGUACCUACUACAUUAUUUUACGUUAUGAUUUGCUCAAUAUUGUUUGCAUUUACCUAUAAGUCUAAUUUGGAAGUUAUAGACCAACACAAUGAAGACAUAUGUAUUAACAUCAUAACUUGAGCAUAUGAGAUGACUAUUUCAGGGUAUAACUAGGUAGUGUGUUUUGUUUUGAGCACAACGAUGUUAAUGAUCUGUCAAAUGGCCUUUAGUUUCUUUAUAUUAAUUAUAAACUGAAUCAAGACUAAGAGCUUAAUUAUUUUUGUUCGAUUUAAAAAACUGCUUGUUGUCUGUACAAUGUUGGGUACAUUUAAACCGUCAAGUGAUACGUAGUUUGUAUGAAUUUAGACAUUUUUGUACCAAAAUGUUGUAAAACGCUUGCCUGAUUGUUAUUUAAAUUAUGUAAAAGUCCUUAAAUUGUUGUGAUUGAAUUUAAGGAUCAUAGAUUAAUUGAUAUAAGCUCGAUACUGUAGUAUAAAAGAAAAUAUGAAAAAAGAAAAUUUCGUCGGUGUAUGAUGUGGCAGGUAUUUCAUUUCUCAGUCUUUCUAUUGAUUUGAAGAACUUGUCCCAUUGUUAACUGAUUGUGUACAGAUAGUGCCUAUAGCAAUGAAAGUAGAAUGUCUUAAGUUGCACAUGUAAGUAGACUUUACUGUAAAUAUUAAUUUUUAAGGAUUGACUUAUUCUUGACUGUCAGUAAGCUCUGAAAGCAUGCCACAAAGUCCUACAAUAAGUUACAAAAAAAAUUGCAAUCAUUCAUCUAUCGAAUGGCAAAUGGUAGCUCUCAUCUCUUAUUAUAAUUAGUUAAUUCGUUUCGGUUUUUUUUUUUUAUUAUUAUAAGUUAUCGUACUUUAAAUUGUUUAUAUGCAAGACAACAAUAGAACCGGUACUGAAGUAUACUUGGUGUCGUCAGUAUUUUAAUACAUUAACAUCGUUUUUGUUGUUCUCUUGCAUACUUUAGUAUUUUCACGCGUUUUCCGAUUUUGCAGACGCACACUUCUGUUCCUUCCCUUCAUUAUGCUAAUUUUUUAUGUAAUUUAUUGCCACAAUCAUUAUCGCACCAUACUUGGGGUAAUCUUCAUUAAUAUAAAUAGACAAAGUUAUCAUCAUAUUCAGCAACCGUUUUAAUUACCAAACAAAAACUACUAACACUAGAAACGUUAUUGUACGAUAAUUGUAUAAAUAAGAAGUAAUUAAGUUCUUUGUUACAAAAGAAGCUUCAUAUUUUUCCAUAUUUUUAUAUCAAAGCGAGAAUCUUAAACGCACAUUUGUAUUAUACCUAAAAAUGUGAUUUAUUGUUAUAUUAAAUUAAAAUAGUUUAUCGUUGUGUGAUAUAAAUUUUAACAAUGCUUGACUGACACACCUCACGCUGAAACAAAUUACACCAACUAGGCAAGUGCGAGGUGUUUGUUGAUGCUUAAUAGUCACGAUGUACCAAAAAUGUGAUGUCAAAGAAAGAGCAAUAAGUUUCCCGUGAAUUCUGAAUAUGGUGGGUCUUACCCAGAAGUCUUUGGUGCGGUAAUUCACAGUUAAUAUAGUUUUUUUUUACUUAAUGACUUUAGUUAAAAUAAAUUCCUGAGUAAAUAGAAUGUAGUUAGUGUAAGUUGUUGUAGGGGCCCGUUGUGCUCACUUGUACAUACAGACAUGGCCCCUGACUGCUGCAAAGGGCUUGAUCUCUUUAAUGUUACUUAUUUUAUGUAGAAGCUCGGCGAUAGUUCGUGCUCAGGCCUUAUUGAACUGUAACUUGUUCCAGUGUAAUUAAUUGUUCAUGUUCUGGUGCAAAUACGAGCACCCAAUUGUGUUCUUUUAUUUUAACUACACAAGUCUUGCAUUUUAUUUUACUUCUCAAGUACACAUAACUAUAACUUGCUAACUAACCAUUCAAUUUAGCAAAGAUGUGAUUGUAUGUAAUUUAAGUCAUGUUUAUAUAUCAUUAACUAAUAGGAUUUAAAUAAAUCUUUCUUUAUUA